AUGUGGGUUGGAUUGCUAGCUGCCGUGAUAGCUUCCGUUCUAUUCGGCACCGUCUUUGUUCCCAUCAAAAGGGUUAAUGCAGGAGAUGGAUUCGCAGCCCAGAUGUUCAUGUGCAUCGGUGCUUUCAUGGUGAGCACAGCAGUUCAUGCUUUUCUUCACUUCCCGGCGUUUCAUGGUUUUGCCAUGUUUGGAGGAGUACUUUGGUGCACAGCAAACGCCUUUGCAAUUCAAAUAAUGAACCGAUUGGGCAUGGCGCUUUCGAUUCUGGUCUGGAAUACAGUGUCGUGCCUAACGGGUUGGGCGACCUCAAGAUAUGGUCUUUUCGGUCUGAAUGCGGCUGUUCCGGCGAGCCUCACACUAAACUACCUGGGUAUAAUCGCACUCAUUGCAGGUGGGGUAAUGUACUUGUUCGUGAAGAACAACAUACAAGAAAGAACUGAUGUGGAGAGGAAAGGCGAAAAGGUUUACCCCGUGGAACUUCACGAGGACCAAUCCGAUAAGAAGUCAGUCUUAGAAAGAUCACUAGGUUUCCUGGCAGCUAUGCUCUCCGGAUUAUUUUACGGAACAAUGUGGGUGCCUGUCAACUACAUAAAGACUCAUGGUGAUCAAUUCAGUGGCGCUUCAACAGAAGGAAUUUCCUACCUAUUCUCUUUCUAUUGUGGAGUUCUUUUCACUUCAGUGUUCAUUUUCACCAUUUAUUGUUUUGUGAUGCGUGGUGCUCCGUGGAUAAAUCCCAAGGCUGCUUUACCUUCAAUGGCUGGUGGUGCACUUCUCGCUAUGGGAAUGGUUGUAUUCGUUAUUGCCAUUGACAAUCUGGACCAAGCUAUCGCGUACCCGAUAUGUGCGAUGUCACCAGGCUUGAUAGUGUCGCUUUGGAGUAUUUUUUACUUCAGAGAAAUAACGGGUCGCCGAAAUUUAACAUGGUUAUCUAUUGCCUACUCUCUUACCCUGGUUGGAGUAGCUCUGGUCACUAUAUCAAGAGAAGUCUCCUUGUUUUGA